UUGAGCAGUGCUUUGGACUCAAACCCCACCACUCACAGCCCAUUGGAUUCUGGAAAGUGCUCCUGUCUGAGAGGAAUCUCAGCCCAGAAGGAGGAAGAACAGCAGAGCCUGUGUUCUGUGUUGGAGUGGAGACUGUUCUCAGAGGAAGGACAGCAAGUGAGAUUAAUGGAGGAGUCCACUGUGCUCCUCUACAAGGGGAGCACUCCUUGGCAGGGGCUUCUGCUCACAGUCUCCCUUUUAAGCUCCUGGCAUCUGUCCACAAAUGCCCAUAUGACUAUUGAAAAAGUGCCAGCCCUAGCUGCUGAAGGAGAUGACAUCUUUUUCCAUGUCAAUGAUCUGCCAGAGAAUACUACAACCAUAGCCUGGUUCAAAGGUCUAAGAAAUACGACAAAAGGAAUUGGAGCAUAUGCACCGCUCUUAAAUUUGAGUAGGCCAGGUCCUAUGUACAGUGGUAGGGAGACAAUGUUUCGCAAUGGAUCCCUGCUGAUAAAAAAUGUCAACCCAACGGACACUGGAUUCUAUACCCUACGAACUUAUAAUAAUCAUGGAACUAGGACAUCAAUAACAUCCGCGUACCUCAAAGUGCACGCUUUCGUUUGGAAGUGUGGGCGCCUUGGUACCUCUUCACAAUUCACCAUUGAAUCAGUGCCACCCAGUGUUGUUGAAGGGAGAAAUGUUCUUCUACUUGUUCGUAAUCCCCCAGAAAAUACUGUAGAGUUUGUCUGGUUCAAAGGAGUGGUUGACUUCAAGAACAUUUUGGGUAUCCGAAAUAUAGCAGACGGGAAACCCACUGUAUGGGGACCUGCAUACAGUGGUAGGGAGAGGCUGUACAGUGAUGGAUCCCUGCUGCUUCAUGGUGUCAGUCAGAAAGACCGUGGAUUGUACACACUACGAAUCCUGAGAGCAGAUACAGGAAACGAAGAGGCACUAGUGCAACUCCAGGUGGAGACUUACCUUUCUGUGUCCUGUAAUCCUCUCACUUCUUCCCAACUCAUGAUCCAGCCAUUGCCUCAGUAUCCUGCUGAAGGUGAAAGCAUAUUUCUUCAAGUUCAUAAUCUUCCAGAAGAUGUGAAUGCCUUUUUCUGGUACAAAUCAAAGAAUAGGACGCCAGUCCUUAGAAUUGUAGAAUAUGUCAGAACCACGCAUUCUAUCACUUGGGGACUUGCACACAAAAGAAGAGGAAUGGUGUACUUUAAUGGAUCUCUGGUGCUCCACAAUGUCACUGAGAAAGAUGCAGGAAUGUACACACUAGAAGUUUUAAACAAAAAUUUCGAUAUUCAAAAAGCAUAUGUGGAAUUUUCUUUAAAGAAGAAUGUGACACAGCCCUUUGUGCAAAUCACCAACACCACAGUUGCAGAACGUAGAUCUGUGAUUUUCACUUGCGUUUCACCCGACACUGAUGUCUCCAUCCGUUGGAUCUUCAAUAAGGAGAAUCUGCAGCUCACAGAGAAGAUGACUCUGUCCCCAACAAAGUGUGGACUCAGAAUAGAUCCUGUCAGUAGCACGGAUGCUGGAGAGUAUCAGUGUGAGGUCUCCAACCGAUUCAGUUCGAAGACCAGUCUCCCAGUCUCCUGGCCGUGAAGAAUGAGUGGCCUCUCCUCUCAUCCUACAGCAGAGUGGGGGCAUUCGUUUAUCAGUGGAGUACAAAAUGGAGAAGAGUUAUGUGGUAAAAAUGAUUAGUUACUCACUAUUCAGGUUCAGCCAGCCUGGUGACUCACCUCUAUAAUCGUGUAUACAGGGGAAGGCCAGGAAUUAAAGUGAGGUUGUCUUAAAAGGAAAAUAAAGACAUUAAUAUAGGAAACAAAAAUUCAAAGGCCUGAAGAGCUUAGAUUGCUGUUGAUAUAUAUUUUCCCUCAAAAUUCAUGGGAACUAAUUUCAGGAAUCCUCAAGUUUUUGUAUGCUCUGAGUCUGCUGUGAAAGUGGUGCCCUGUUUUCAUUGGGGAAAAUAUCUCAUAUGCUCAAAUACAUUCCCUGUUUACUUAAUUUACCCAAGCCCAAUGCUACCUGAAGUGAGGAAGAGUGACAGGAGGAGGGUCUGCCCGUGUCUCACUGUGGACAUAGCUGGUUUCUAAACAGCUUUGAUUCCGCCUGCUUGAUGUACAGAUGUAAAAUCCUUCAUGUAAGUGCAGCUCAUACAGUUUUCACCCUGAAAUUAUCAUUCACUGUAGGACCUUGAGUCUUUUUCUUGUUAGCAUGCCUCUCUUUCCCUUUUUAUUCUUCUCUAUAUAUUACAUACUGAUCGCAGUUUUCCUCCUUUAUCCCUAAAUCCUACUUACUCUCUACCUCAGGCCCACUCAUCUUCUGUUUCCCUUCAAAAAAUGAGCAGGCCUCCCAGGGAUAUCUACAGCACAUAACUCUGUAAGUUAUGUAAGAAUUGCUACCAUCCUUCGUAUUAGAGCUGGGAGAGACAUCCCAGUAGGAAGAAAUGGGUCCAGAGGGCAGGCAAAAGAGUCAUACCCAUCUACAUUACUACAACUUAUAUGCUGCUACCCUCGCUCAAACCCAGACACAGUCUAGGAUUAUAAUUUCAGUCUCUCAAUCCUCUAUAAGCCCUGCUUGAUUGUUUGUGUGUUCUAUGAUUUCAUGGUGUUUUUGACACCUUUGGUUCCUACAAACCAUGCUUUCCCAUUUCUGUGGGGUUGCCCGGUGUUUCCAUGUGUUUGGCUAUAUUUCUCAGCAUCUGUUCUUAUUCAUUGCUGGCUGAUGCUGCUCUAAUAACUAUUAGGCUGUGCAGCUAUCUACUAGUGUAACAGAAUAUCUUUACUAAUAAUUUUAUUGAAAUAUUUUUUACAGGCAUCUUUGUGAUUUUUUUCCUGAAUUUCUGGGUUCUCAAGCCUCUGCUUCCUGACCAUCCAGGCAGUGUCAGGUCUGAGCUCCCUUUCAUGGAGUAGGCUUUAAUUUUGGCCAGUUAUUGGUUGGUCAAUCCCACAAGUUCUUUUCCACCAUUAUCCCCAGUAUAUAGUUCAGGAAGGACAGAAUGCAGGUUGAAUAUUUUGUGACUGGAUUAGUGUUCCAGUCCCACUACUUGAAUUCUUCUGUGGUUGUAGAAAUGACUUGUUCAGGAUACCUAUCCCUCACUACUAGGAGUCUUUAUUAGUAUCUCUUUUGUAGAUUCCACGGAGUUUCCACUGUAGUAGGUUUCCACACUGCUUCCCAAAUACCCCACUGUUCCAGUUAUUACUUCAAAUUCUCUCUUCUUCCAUCCCAUCUUUCCCCAUCUAGUCACAAAAUCAUUUCUAUUCUUCUUCCCAGUAUGUUACAUGGGUCCAACAUGAGUCUUUGCUGUUACUUAGCUUCCCUAUGCAUGUGCAUCUAAUGGCCUGUGUGCAGUAAUAACUUACAGUAGUAGAGCUCAGAUGGGUGUGUUUGCUCACCAGUUCCAGAAACUUCUGUAGAAUCUUUCAGAUUUUUAAUAGAUAAGCUCAUGCCAUCUUUAGAUCUAUUUUAUAGUCAGUUAAUUGUUCAAUUUUUAUUUAUUUGUGUUGCCUAAUGUUAUGUCUAGGGCAUCAAAGAGAAUACUGAAUAAAAGUGGUCACUUCAGCAUCCUUGUGUCCAUCCUGGUCUUAGAGGAUAUCAGUGUCCCCACUGAGUACUGGGUUGACAGUGGUUUUUCAUGUGUGCCCCUAAUGCUCUGCCCUUUCUUCUACCCCUGGUUUGUCUGUUUUCAUCAUUUAAAAUUGUUCAUUUUGUCAAAUAUCUUUAUUGAUUCAGACUUAGGAGUUAUUCAUGGAAUUUUUGUGUUUUUUCAGGCUUCUAUCUCUGUAGUUUCUGUGUUUCCAGGUAUGUGUCUGUUUCAUGUAACUUGCUCUACAAAUUACUCCCAUCACUGUGAGUAGUCAUAGAAAUUUUGAUAAUGUGAAAAAUAGAUAGCAAGGUAUCAAAUUUCAGGUCUAGUGUUAAUAAUGUUUCUAUUUUAAAAAGAAAGUUAAUCUAAUUUAAGAUUGUUAAUGCUAAUAAUCACUUUGAAAUUUAUUUAUUGAAAAUAGAUUCUUUUCUCAUCCAAUAUAUACCAUUUAUCAUUUCCUCU